AAUCAUUACCACACUGUGCAAUUCCUAUCAGUGCUGUGCUUGAUAGUGUUGGUAAAAUUAUUUAGACGCAUCAAACAGAUCUCCGCAAGACUCAAAUCGCCUGGACUUGGUUUAUUGGAUAUCUUGUUUUUGCGUCAUAGAUUUUCUACGUUGCGAUGAACUCUUCGGAAUGGUUUAGCGAAAUCUCCGACCAACUUUGGCCUGGUCAAUGUUUCUCGCUAAAAAUUAAAAGUGUUCUUCACGAAGAACGAUCCAAAUUUCAAGAUAUUAAAGUGCUCGACACCGAUUCUUACGGAACUGUGUUAGUAUUGGAUGGGAUUAUUCAGUGCACGGAGCGAGAUGAAUUUGCUUAUCAAGAAAUGAUUGCAUUCCUUCCACUUUGUUGUCAUCCGAAUCCUAAGAAAGUGCUUAUCGUUGGUGGUGGUGAUGGAGGAGUUGUUCGCGAAGUUGUGAAGCAUCCUUUAGUUGAAGAGGUGCACCAGGUUGAAAUUGACGACCGGGUUGUGGAAGUAUCUAAAAAAUAUCUGCCAUUUAUGGCGUGCGGAUUUAAUUCGCCCAAGUUAAAGCUGACAAUCGGUGAUGGAUUUGAGUACAUGAAACAGCGUGAAGGCGAAUUUGAUGUUAUAAUUACUGACAGUAGUGAUCCAAUUGGACCAGCAGAAUCUCUAUUUCAAGAGUCUUACUUUGGAUUGGCAAAAAGGGCUCUGAAACCGAAUGGAAUAAUAUGCUCUCAAGGUGGUACAUUUUGGGUUGACAUGCAGCAUGUCAAGGAGACGUUAGGUCACUGUCGAAAACAUUUUCCAGUGGUAGGAUAUGGAUUGGCAUCUGUUCCAUCUUAUCCAUGCGGACAAAUUGGAUUUUUUAUAGCUGGCCUAAACAAAGAUACUGUGCUCAACAAACCCACCAAAACAUUCUCAGAUGAUGAAGUUGAUCAAAUGAAUCUUCGAUACUACACGACUGAAAUGCAUCGGUCUGCAUUUACUCUGCCAAGGUAUGCGGCCAAACUUCUCUAUUAAUGUAAAUUUAAUUGAAAUCAAAUUUGCCUUACUAUACAAUAAUCAAACAACAGGACUGCAUUCGCUUUUUGAAAGCAAAUCUAUUUUUAGUUUUUUACAAUAAACUGCGAAAUCUAUAGUAC